CCCACCAUCCAUACCUUACUGUAUUGCUUGAGGUUGAUUUCAGGCAAGCAGCAGUGGUAGUUGUUCGAGUGGCUGCUCGUGGUCCUGGCCUGCCAUCUACCUGUCAUCCAGCUAAGACGCAGCCAGAGGAUGCUAGCCUGCUUGCCUGAAGAAGAUAAUGACAACGACGAGAUAAACGAAAAUGUCUUGGAAGAGGUAGCAGGGGCAGAAAGUGCCGAGGUGAAGGAUGACAAUAAUCAAGAGGCUGUCACUGUCAAGACCACUGUCGAUGAUACUAAUGUCAAUACCGACAGUAUCACAGGAAUAUUGGUGGGUCGUUGCGUGCGAGGAUUCUAUACCACCAUGAAUGUGGUGGUGGUUGGCGACGAUCCGCUGGUGGAUAGUAAUAAUAUUGACGAAGAAGAAGACGAUCAUUAUCACGUCUUGGUCCGGAUUCAAUUCCACCAUACCUGUUCGGCUCACGUUGUCAAGGAGCUACGAUCGUACCUUCGACGGUACUGCAAAAAUGGGGAUCUGGUACACAUUCAACGAGGGAUCUAUCGAGAUGCCGCCACAAGCACCAAUCAACUACUUGAUCAUACCACAAGAGAAACAAAAAACUCUACUACUGCUCCCACCACCAACAACAGCCAAACAGAAGAAGCUGAAACUGCAUUCAACUGGAGGGAUCCUCGCUUCGUGGUGACAGUACAUUCCAUUCCAGAUGCUCAAAACGUGAUACGAUUGAUUAAACCUACUUUCUGGGGAAUAUCCAAAUGUCAAGCAUGGCAGCAAAAACUAUAUCAUCAAAAACAAACAGAGGUCAAAAAGAAACCACCAAAUACCACCCAACAACAGCAACAGCAGCAGCAAAAUGGAUGCAUGGCACACCAUGCGGGGGGUCUCGAAAAACGAAAACAGGGAGAGUUUGUGGCCAAUUUCUUGCUGCACAUGGUCAUGGCUAGUCUGGCAACCAACAACGAUGAUGAUGAUAAUGCCGACGAACACGAAAAUCACGACCUUGGCAAUCCAUCUACGUGGGCCAACUCCAUUCCAACUACAGACCAGGCGACAGGUCUGCUGAAACAACGUGCCUUGGAAUAUCUCAACGGGGGAUCGGGGGUGCUGGAUGUCGCGGGAGGAUCAGGGCAUGUAUCCAUGGCAUUGGGUAUGCUGGGAAUUCAGAGUACGGUGGUGGAUCCAAGAGAGGCUGUUGGAAAACUGCCGUCGAGGGAUCGCAAGCUCUGGAAAAGAGCUUUGGGAGAACGGGGGCAAGCAGCAAAGCAACGACCAUCAUCACCAAGCAACAACACACCCUAUCCAAUAAUCAAUCCAGGAGGAGACCCCAUCUACUAUUGUCAACCGAUCAAGCCGUUCCAAUCCCUGCGUGCUUGGUUUGGUACUCCACCGCCGGGGGUGGAUAGCAAUCGUCGCAAUACGGACAAUGCCACGGUUCCUGUUUGUGAUAAUACACACGACGCAGUACGAAACUGUCGAGCAAUCGUGGCGUUGCACCCGGACGAAGCCACUGAUGCCAUUGUCGAUGUAGCCGUUCAGCAAAGAAUACCCCUCGUCAUUGUCCCCUGCUGUGUGUAUUGCCGAUUGUUCCCACACCGACGAUUGCCCACCAGAAAGAUUCAAGACGAGUCUACAGCAACAACCAGCAACCAACUAGAACGUGCCAUGGUCAGUACCUAUCAAGACUUGCUAGUUUACUUGCAAGCCAAGGAUCCCGCGAUUCAAAAGGCCACACUGCCCUUUAUGGGAGCCAAUACGGUGCUGUUCCGUCCUUUAGAAUCUAAGAGUACCUAAAACCUACACGAGGUCUCUCUAUGGACUUUAGUCACUCUACUAGCUAGACUAGUACUAGUAUCUUUUUGUUUCUCUACAUAU